GGUCUGCUUCCUGAAAUUCUGUUCUCGCUUAAUUUCAGCAAACUGCUUCUGCUGGUUAAUGGCAAGGAAUAAUCCCAGGAUGGAGUAUAGGAUUCUCUGCAUGCUUGCAAACACGCUAAUUCUGUACACUUGGGCUUCCUGCUCAGUGACAGCGCAGAACAUCACUAUUUCUCCACUUAACGAAUUCUAUGACUAUCCAGCAAAUUUAAAAAUAAAGUACCCUAGUUUUGCACAAGAUUGUUGGGAUCAUUACUCCACAAUGAUGUCCAAACUUGAACCUGAGAUGUUUUGUGAAUGGCAGAAAAUUAACAGGCCUUACAGCUUUUUACGUUUUUGCUUGGAAGACCUUGCUGAUGCCUUUAACUACACUUUUCCAAAUGAGAUUGCACAUGAAUACAUUAUGAAAGGACAUAGGACUUAUUUUGUAAAUUGCACGCUUUUGUUUCAGGAACUUGUGGACCCUCCUGAACAUGUUUUGUUUGCCUUAAUUUUUGCUCCCAUCAGCAUCAUUCCAUUUUUGGUCACUCUUGUAGUUUGCAAGAGCAUAACGAGCGAACCCCAAGCCUAGGUUUAUGCUCAUGACAGAAUUAAGCACUGUAAAAAUGUACACAAUAUUUUGCUAAAUUAGCAGAUGUCUUGGACAUACUAAGGUUAAAGUCAUGGUUAUUUUAA